CUUCCACACCAGCGGAUUCAUUAAACACCUUGUUCUUUCUCUGCCCAAUUCAGUUGUACUUUCCUAGAGAUCUGUCUCAGUUAUAAUAACCUGUCAGAGUUUGAUGAGGCAUUCAUCUGCAGAAGAUUCUUCAACAACCAACAAGAGAGCUUUACUAAAGAUCUGAAAACAUUGAUGAAGAUGACCAACAACUCUUUCGAUCAAAUUAAUACAACUGCUGCACCUGAUAAAAAUGACUCUGUGUAUGGUGACAAGUAUGAUGGGCUGAAACAGUCUCUCAACACAAUGUCUGUAAUCCUUUAUUCCGUGGCCUUUGUCCUCGGCGUGCUCGGGAAUGGAGUGGUUAUCUGGGUGACCGGGUUCAAGAUGAAGAAAACUGUUAACACAGUUUGGUACCUCAACCUUGCUGUGGCUGACUUCCUCUUCACUGCAUUUCUUCCCCUGAGUGUGACUUACACAGCUUCAGGUUUCCACUGGCCUUUUGGCAAGUUCAUGUGCAAGCUGAACACCACUAUCAGCUUUCUGAACAUGUUUGCCAGUGUCUACAUUCUGGUGGUGAUCAGUGUGGACAGAUGUGUGUCUGUGGUGUGGCCUAUCUGGGCUCAGAACCACCGAAAUGUACGCAAAGCAUCCUAUGUGAGUCUGUGUGUUUGGGUGGUUGCUUUGAUUCUCAGUGCUCCAUAUUUCAUCUUCAGGGACACUGAGAAAAUGUCUGAAAACCAAAUCCUCUGUUUCAGCAACUAUGCUCUUUCUGAUAACUAUACAGCACCAUCUGUGAUUCAGUUUCGUCAUCUAGCCAUGACUAUCACUCGUCUCUUCCUGGGAUUUGCAGUUCCCUUCACUGUCAUUGUGUCCUGUUAUGCUGUCCUAAUCCAUCAUCUGAGGAGAAACCGCACCAUGGCCAGCCAAUCAACACGCACGUUUAAAAUUGUCACUGCUGUUAUUGUCACUUUUUUCCUGUGUUGGGCUCCCUUUUACAUAAUUGGUGUAAUUGAACUAGUGAAAUUCACGUCUGCUACUCAGAGCAACACAUUAGAUCUUGUCAUAGGUGUCGGGAUGCCUCUGGCCACCAGUCUGGCCUUUCUCAACAGUUGCUUCAAUCCACUGCUGUAUGUGUUCAUGGGCCAUGAUUUUAAGGACAAAGUCCGCAAAUCCAUCCGAAAUGUUUUGGAGACUGUCUUCCAGGAAGAGGAGACACGCACUCGCACUUACACAGGGUCAGUGGUCACCAGUCAAAGCAAAAAUAGCUCAGAUUUGAAUACUGAGGUAUAAGAAACCAAAUAAUUAAACUGUAAAUGGCAGACAAUUGUGACAACUAUCUUAAAAAUGAUUCUAAAUGUUUCAAAAAUAUCUUAAAAUGCUUUGGGGCUUUUUUACUAGCCAUAGUAUUAAUCUGAUACAUGACUGCAUGAAUCUAUGAAUCACAGCAGUCCAUUCAGGUUACUUUUUUAUAGAACUAAAAGCAGUUAUACAAUGUUAUUGCUUCCAUUAUUGUUGCCUUUUUUCUGGGCUGGACUCCCUAUCAUUCAGCUGAUAGUAUUUAUUCCACCAAAUGAAAAAAUUCACUAUGCCAUUCAAUUGGGAUCUUUGUUGCCAAAAAUUUGGUCGUUCUUCACUGCUGCUUGAAUCCACUGCUGUAUGUCUUCUUGAGACAAGAUUUUAAGGCUGAAAUACGAAAAUCCAUCCUGAAUGUGCUGGAGAGCCUUCCAGGAAGAGGAGACACACUCUCCCAGUGACAUGAAGUCAGUGAACACCAGGCAGAGCAGAGAGAAGUCAGAUUAGAUUACUGAGGUAUAAGGCUGUAUAUGAGGUACAUAAACAUGUUAAAACCUUUAAUAGAAAAUUUCUUUGAGACUUUUUACUAGCUGUAAACAUGACUCCAGAGUAAAUCUUUAUAAAUCUUUAUAAACCUUUAAUGAAUGAAAUUUUGUUUAAUUUUGUUCCAAUAAACAAAAUUUCAAAUAAACCCCGCUCAUAAAAUUAUGGAAACAGCUAAUGGUACAAAUGGUACUGUGAUGUAUUAUUUCUGUGCUGUGUUGUUUUUCUUGCCUCUUUGGCUCACAGCUCUGCAUUAACUUUGUGCUAUUAUUAUUAUUAUUUUUUUUAUUUUUUUUUGCUUUAACUAACUCAUGAAGUCUGCCAUUCAUUUCCAUGUAUUAAUAAUCCGUGUUAUGUUUUAUGUUAAUAUAUUAUUAUGAGCUGACCACCAUUGAGUUUUCAUGUAAACAUUUACAUUUUAUAUUAAAUAUUUGACAUUCCUACAGUUCCAUUAGUAACAUAUAUGUCUAUAUCAGACAAUCUCACUGAUAGUUUCUCUCUUUUAAAGUUUUUUAACCCCAGGGACGUCAAUAAAUAGUGACAGUAGUGAUCCUCAUUUAUUCACUGUUCCUGUAUUGUUUUAUUCGCUGAACAAAAAGUAUUUAAUUUACUUACAUACAUUUUAUUUUAUUUAUUUAUCAGCCAUGGUGUGAAAAACAGUAUGGGCCAUUAUCACAAGAGGUUAUUGUCUUAGUUUGUUAAAGUUCUCUAUUCCCAUUCUGGUCAAAUUUGGUUUCAUCGUUUGUUUACAGUACAGUUACAGAGCCAAGUGACAACAAAUCAAAAGACUGCUGCCUGUCAGUGGCCAAGAGCAGCCUGUAUUCAGUUUGAAUACUGUUAUGAAUUGAAACAGAACAGUUUAUAACUUUAUUAGUUUGUAAAUAGUGUUUCACUGUUCUAUUUAACUUUUGGUGACAGUAGAAAGACUGAAUCAGGGGAUCGUGUGGGAGAGAAAGGGAGAAAGCUGGAUGAAGAUGGCAAAGAGAGAGAGUGCAACAGAAAUAAGUAAAAGCAGACAUGUAGUCAAAGUCAGCAAAAAAUUUAAAAGCCAUGAUCACUUCCAUCUAGUUCAUAUUCAUUGAUGAUGAUGUCACAUAACUGUAUUCUAGGCAGUGUGUUACACUGAUAUCUAAUGCUCAGCUGCAGGGGAAGAGUGGGGCAGUGGGUUGUCAGGGGAAGCUGGUAGACACAGCAUAUGACAAUUGUCUAAUCAUGCCCCACCACCCACCCCCAGCACAAGAGAAAUAAUGGUGCAGCUGAGCUGAGUGACAGAGCAAGCUGAGCAGUAAAGUAAACAUGAAUAUUGCAGUCUGACAGCACACUGUAAAUAAAACAAUUGAACGAAUCACAAAUCUGUGAGUGUGUGUAU